GCCCUGACCCACAAACACACUCAUACACACACACUCGCACAAACAAAGCCUUCCUAAAACCGUUAAUUUGAGUCAGCUUUAAAGGAAAUCUACACCUCAGCUCAGUCAGAGUGCCUCGUCCUGCUGCUGAAAACGACAUUGUUUUGCUUUCAAAUGAGUGAAUUUCAGCAUAAGUUGGUUGUUUAACUUCCACACUGCCUGCUCUCCCAAAAUGAACCUUGUCUUGGUCUUCCCACUGAUGCUUGCACUGACUUCCUGUGGACAGAGUCAAACUGAGGGGAUCGAACAAACUAAUGAUUCGUGCUACAAUUUAUGCCCAGCUGGAUAUCAUAAAGUUGGUGAUUGUGAUGAUCAAGUUAAAAAGUACAAAUGCAAGAAAUGUGAGCAUGGCACAUUCACGGAGGUAGAAAACUUCGUAGAGAAAUGUCGUAGGUGUGACUCAUGUCAUCAUGAUGAGGUGGUAAUAGAGCCCUGCACCUUUAACAGGAGCACGGUGUGUGGCUGCAUGGAGCGAUACUACAAUUCAGGAUCUUAUUCACGGCAAUGUUCAAAAUGUUCCUGCCCGCACUGCCCACGGAAUGCUGACUACUACACGAAGUGCCCACACCCCCUGAGGCUAACGAAUACUAUAGCUUCGACAAAUCCAUCUACAACUCCAGUUGUGUCUCCAACCACAGUGGCAAACAAAAGAUUGAUGUCUACAACUUCAACUCCCUCUCCAAACAAAGCUCUUGUUUCAACAUCCAAGGCUUUCACGAAUCUAUCAGAUCCUCAUAUAACAGAAAUUCCACGUAACUCGGGGAAUGCAGGAAUUUUUCUUGCGAUUCUCGUGAUUAGCUUUGUGUUGCUCUCAUGGUUCCUGCUGAUCUGCACCAUGAAGAUAUUCAAACACAAAGACAGUUUUUGCUGGAGGAGGAGGAAAGAGGCUGAAGUCUCCAAGAACGGUAAUCUGCAGUAA